CCUACUCUAUUCAAUUCAUUACCAAUUCACACCUUCCCACCGUAGCAGCUAGUGCGUGAUGUGCGUGUGAGAAAAAGCAGAAAAAACUACAUUCCUACACAGAGAUUGCAAAAUGGAAUUCUUCAACUAAAAUUGUGUAGAAAGUAGCAGCAGUCUCAAAUUACACACUCCACAAAUUUUUGAAUUUUUGAAUUGUUGAAUUUUAUUUUUAUUUUUUUUGAAUCACUCCGAUGUCUUCCGAGCUCUACAUGUUCGACAACUCCUACUUCUCCGAUCCAUUCUCGCCGUUCCCCGAUUCCGCCUUGGGAAUAUUCGACGAAGCCGCCGAUGAGACCGCCGCCAAUCUGCACCAAUUGGCGUCGUCGCUGCUGUCGUCGUCGCCGCCGAGCGUGGAGCUGCAGAAUCUGUCGCUGUCGCAGUUCGCCAGCGAGGUGAAGAUGGAGGAAUGCCAGCUCGGAUUGCCCGCCCUCAACAACAGCAACAACUCGUUCUCACCGCACCAAACCGCAUUCAAGCUAAUGCAGAGGAGCUACAGCAGCAACAGCUUCGACAACUCCCGCGACUUCUCCUUCCGCCCACAGUUCGACUCCGUUCUCGAACCUUCGCAUGACCUGCAGGCGCAGAUCAUGUCCUCGUCGGAAACCGCCUUCCAAUCGGGCCAUAUGAGGAGAGUUUGCAGCACCGGCGAUCUUCAAAAAAUGAAGUCGGAUUUCCAACCGAGAAGCGUGCUGUCUUCGAGCGCGCUGACCGUGGAGAAAUCGUUCAUCGAGGAAGCCAAUUUCAAAGUGGGGCGUUACAGCGCCGAGGAGAGGAAGGAGAGGAUCGACCGAUACCGAGCAAAGAGGACUCAAAGGAAUUUCAACAAAACUAUCAAGUAUGCAUGCCGAAAAACGCUAGCGGACACGCGACCGAGAAUACGCGGCCGUUUCGCGCGGAACGAUGAAACCGUAGAGAUUCCAAAGGCAUCAAUGUAUCAGAGAUAUGAAGAUGACGAUGAUCUUUGGACAAAUAUGCAGAUGGAAGGGCUACACGAAGAAGAGGAGGAGCAAGUAAACAGAGGCUUUUUGCAUAUGUCGGAUUGCAAUUAUCAGUACCAAAAUUAUAGAUUCUGAAAUCUACAAUUUGAUUACAAAGAUCCAAAGUGACCAAGUUGAAUAAGUUGAUUAGGUGCGGCUAAAUGUGUACUAUUUCAAUGUAAUAGUAAGUUAGAUGUUUCCUCUAUGGUAAUUUCUCUAGUUAUAAUUUAGAUUGAUGAGGCUUUUUUUGCAUCUUAGUGUCAUCUCAAUGUGUAUAUAUUGGAACCAAAACAUAUUAAUAACAAGUUGAGGUUUCCACCA